AUGGAAUGCAACGUUCCAGAAGUUUCCACCGGGUUGCUACCGAACACCGACUCAACCGAGUCCAUGCUACCGUCAAUGGGCCACUACGCAGUGCGACUGCGUCAGUUCUGGCCGGAGCAUCCAGACAUUUGGUUCGCGCAAGUAGAGGCCCGAUUUCAGGUAUCUAAUGUUACCUCACAGCAAGCGAAGUAUGGCCACUUACAUGGUGCUUUGCCCCACAAUCUUGCACUCGAGUUGUGCGACAUCCUAUCGGCGCCACUAAGUCAGACGCCCUAUGACACGUUGAAGAAGGCAAUCCUUGAGCGCACGGCAAUUUCAGAGCGAAGGCGGUUGCAAAUGCUCCUGUCACCAACCGAGCUCGGGGAUCGCCGUCCAUCACAGCUUCUCAGGCAGAUGCAAGCCCUUCUCGGCGUUCGAGCCUCAUCUUUUGACGACGUGCUACUAAGGGAACUGUUCAUUCAGCGUUUGCCACCCAUGGUUCAGAUGGUUUUGACAACAGCGUCGGAGCUGAAUCUGUCCUCUUUGGCCGCCCUCGCCGACAAGGUAUAUGAAAUAGCGCCUUCUCAGCUACCCGUACCUGAUACAAGUUCCGAGAGUCGCACAUCUACCACGCUUGCAGCGACGUUGCCUGCCAGUCAGUCGUCAACCCCGAAUCCUUCCUCGUCAAGGCAAGAUGAUAUUACUGACCCUCGCGCCGACAUUCAGCGGCUCACAGAUCUCAUAGCGAGCAACCUCACCACAACGGCUGACGACGCUUCAGUGCGACACUUCAGACAUGAACAACGCUUCAGCCGAUCUCGACCUAAUUCGCCAGCGCGUUUCCGCCGUCCGUCUCCAGCGAGCCAUUCUUCGGAGUCCCCGCCGCCCUGCUGGUACCACCGACGUUUUGGAGAAUCUGCACGUCGUUGCACACGACCAUGCGGCUGGACGGGAAACGGCAUCGGGAACCACUAA